UCUCCCACACGUCAGCCGGCACACUGAAGAGCCAAUCGCACCCUCACACAGUCCGUCGACGUCGCUCUUCGUGUGAACAUCAUUCGUGCAUUUCGCACUUUUGCAAAAAAUACAACAAAAAAAAACAGUAUUUACCAAAACAAACUAUUUUCUUCUCAAUCAUCGUUUUUAUGGAUUUUCGUGUUUUGCCUGUUUUUAACCUCGGUUUCAAAACAAAAGAUUUAGAAAAAAGUUUUUUGAAAAAACUGGUGUGAAUAAAAAAGAAGAGAGAGAGAGAGGAAAUUUUUUUCUUCUUUCGAAAAGUGGAAUUAGGAAAAGUUUUUUUUUUAUUUACACACAUAUAUAUCUAUGGUGUAUAAGAGUGUGUGAAUCACGCGAGUAACAAGUUGUUAGGACACGUGUUGACUGGACUUGGAUAUCGUUUGUUUUGAAGGACAUCAUAUAUAUAAAUACAAUUCCGACGACUUUGGAUUUUACGUGUGUGUCACGUGUGUUUUGCUAGAAACGUUCUUCCCGCGUUCCCACGGUGAACAGUGCGAGUGCGACACUGACAAGUGGUCGAGCGAUUUCAAACCAUGUGGCGGCGCUCACUACAACUUGAUGGAGAGGGGUUGAAACUUUUGUAAACUUUCUUUUCAUCGGGAGAAUAAAUUUUUGGCAAAAUUUUUUUUAUUUUUUCCCCCACUUCAAUAAAGAGUGAAAAGAAUUUAUUCUUUUUUCGGGAAAAAGAAUUUUUUCAAAAACUUUUGGAAAAAAGAUUGAAAAAAGGUUGAAAAAAAGUGAAGGAAAAAGAGUUUUCUUCAUUCGGAGUGUAUCGGUGAAUUUUUUUUUGAUAAACUGUAAAUUAACAUUUUGUAGAGUUUUUUAAGGCGGAAUUUUAAAGUCUUGAGUUGAAAUUUAGUGAUUUACUGAGGAGAAAGAAGUGACAGAAGAGAAAGGAGUAAAAAAUGAAGUAGAAGAGGAAGAAAAAGAAGAAAAAAAAACAGUAGUAGAAAAAGAAGAAAGAAAAAGAGUAGAAAAAGAAGAAGCAGAAAAGAAAGAAAAAAGGAGUAGAGAAAGAAGAAGAAGAAGCAGAAAAGUGAGACUGAAAAAUUUGAAGGGCGCAUUUACGCAAUGAUAAGUGUCUCAGUAUUUGAAAUUCGACGGGUGAAGAGAACGACCUUAAAAAGGGCCGAGAGGUCCUGUUAAGAUGACUGCGCGUCUCCACUCGCUGAGGCACCAGGAGAAGAAAUCUACUAGCAACAGCCAGAGGCAGCAUCUUCAACAACAACAACAACAACAGCAUCAAGAAGUCACUGUUCCUGGACCCAGUCCAACGCCAAGUCCAAGCCCUAGUCCCAAACAUUCUGACGGAAGAAGAGCAAAUAAACCACUAAUGGAAAAGCGACGACGAGCGAGAAUCAACCAGUCUUUGGCGGCGCUAAAGGCCCUCAUUCUGGAUAGUGCUCGCCUAGAAAAUACAAAACACAGCAAAUUGGAAAAAGCUGAUAUUCUCGAAUUAACAGUUCGACAUUUACAGAGGCAACGCUCUCUGGCCCAGCCUGGAUUAUCCAGGUAUAAGGCUGGAUAUCAGGAUUGUUCACGUGAGGUGAGUCGUUAUUUGGAAGCACCCGACAUCAUAACCGGAAAUACAACGCCAAUGGAUCCGGCAGUGAAGCAAAGGCUACAGCGUCACUUGGACAGUUGCGUUUCGGAAUUGGAUUUGGAUUUGGGUUCAAGGCCCGACAGUGGUCUUGGCAGCAGUCCCGGAAGUGUGACAGAUCGAAUAACAGGCGUAACGAGUCCCGGUCCUUUGGAUCAUCACACACCCCAUUGCAGUACGGCACUAAAGCCAGCAGUAAUGAAAACGGAAAUUCCGGAAAUUGAGGCCGACAGACCCGACAGCAGUACAACGGCCGGCGACGAGAACAACAACAGCAGUAGGCCAACAUCCGCCUUCAGUCAGGUGAAUCCAACGAGUCUCGAUCCACAUCAGCAAAGCGAAAUUUCAGCCGAUCAAGCCUCAACAUCGCAGGACAAUGCCAACAUGCUGUCCGUGGUUCAAGUAAUACCAUCGAGGCUACCCGACGGUCAAGUCGUGUUCCUCCUGCCUAGUCACUACGUUCAAUUGGCAGCAGCCGCUGCGGCGAACGGCAUCAGCAUUGGACCGAAUCCACCGACUGCAAUUUGGGCCGCGACAAACAUGUCACUCCUCAAGACAACUGACAAGUUGAACAAAAGGCCACACGACGAUCUUCAAGACUGGUCGACGGACGGUGCGAAGCACAACAAGAAAACAUCAAAGCUGGAGCAACCGGAGCAACCACUCGACUUCACCACAUCGGGCAAGAAAUUGGCGAAAAUUCCCCGUAUUAAUAAUGUCGAUAAUGCUGGACAACAUCAUCAACAUCAAAUGCGAUCGGCAAUUAUCGAUAAUACAAUUAUUAAUGAGGUCAGACCUUCUAGUCAUGCGAGUAGUGAGACUGGACGAAUGGAUUUAUUACCGCCUGUUAGUCAACAGACUGUCAAGGAUGAGGAAGGCAUGUGGCGACCUUGGUAAAUCCGAAUUUGUACAAAAAAUAAUGUUUUGCGCGCGAUUUUCAAGUAAUGGCAAAGUUGUUCAGUUCACAGUUUUUCUAAGGAUAUAUUAUCACAUCGAGACAACAAUUUUCCUACGCUUUUUUCUCAAUUUGAGAUCCUUAGGAAAAGAGUGUCAAAAUGAUGCUCAGCAACAAUUUCAAAUCCUUAGAAAAACUGUGAAUUAUUAUUAAAGACACGAUGUCAACUUUGAUGUAUAGAACAAGAAACAAUAGACGGUGGUGUUAACAUUAAAGUUAUAUUGUUGUUUCAAAUAAAGGACAUCUAAAUAACGUCUUAUCUUAUUUAAACGAUAUAUAAGAAGUUAUAUCUGAUAGUAAUCGUUUUGCAAAUUCGAUAUCUAGCGAGGAAAAAUUUUUUAUGAAAUUAUAAUCAACAGACAUGUGUUACGAUUUUUGUUUAACUUUUGGGUGAUUUUGCAACUAGUUCUGCACCAGUUGUUCUUUAUUCUUUAAGUAUUUCUUGCUUACCUUCAGGUAUUCUUUAAUAUUCUUUAGCUUUACGCACUUUUUGAUUAUUUAAAUAUUAAAUUAUCUUCGAGAGUUCUUCGAUUAUUUUCGAAGAUUACAGGACAAAAAAUCCAAAUUAAUAAAUCCAGACCCGAAAGUCCAAGAAAAAAAGCCCAAAGUACAAAAAAUCUAAAAUAAAAAUGUCCAAAGUCAAAAAAUCAAAAAUAAAUAAAAUCGUCCAAA